AUGUUGCCACGUAAGUCUUGCCGUCAUCGUACCCUUUCCGCCAAAGGAUUGGCCCACAAAGAAGACACUAACAUUGCAGUUCGAAAGCGGAAAUUGUCAACGGGUCUGUCUCAUCAACCCCUGGCCCCGGAAUGCCUGAAGAAGGUGGCAAACUCUUACAAGCGCCUGUGCUCAGACUCUAAGGCACAGCUUACUGCUGUGCUACCGCCACUGGGCCUUUGUGACGCGGAGAAGCGUUCGUCUGCACCCCAAUUGCCAAUCAGGGCCGUUGAUUCUCCGGAGGACGACAAAAUCGACCCGGUAGAGAAACUUUUGAGCAUGAGCUCUACAAAUGAUAUUCUCUACAUGGACUCGGAUUCCUCCGCGGAGUCGCCACUCACGUCGCUCGACGAGCCAGCCACCUCUUCUGCAUAUCCAAGCCUUAGCUUGAACUUCACCAAGGCCAUCAACGACGACUUGCGUUUAUAUUACCUGCGGCUCCGAAAAUCUCCUAUGGAGAUCCACAACGAUCACUCGUCGUUUUCGGUGUUGAAUAGCAAGCCUCCCGUUGAGGAGCCAAAGGUGUGCUCUUCUGCAUCGCAAGCUUCAUCUGUUCCAUUCUUCAAGAACGUCAACUUUAGCUCCACUCCUUCGUUCCAAAAGCUCGACGACUACAUCUUCUGUAGUGAUGACGAGGACGAUGAGCCGCUCUCCACCGACUCUGAGCAUGAGGAUUUGCCCUCCAGCACUGCUAGCCACCGCUUGCCAGUGGAGGAGUCGGGAAAGAUGUCUUUCCAUUACCGCCAGAACUCUAACAUGAAUUUGUCGUUGAGCGAUGUGCAGACUGAGCAGGAUCCUCAAGACAUCUUCAAGUUUUUGACCCAUCGCUCGGUUCUCUCUGGCCGUGCCAGUGAGAUGAUUGGAACAUCUACUUUUAUGAUUAAAGACUUUUUCUUCUAG